UACUCCGUCCUCUCUGUUACUCCGUCCUCUAUGUUACUCCGUCCUCUCUAUUACUCCGUCCUCUCUGUUACUGUCCUCCCUCCAUCCCCAGGAGCUAACACCGGCAUAGGUAAGACCACGGCGAUGGACUUGGCGAGGAGGGGGGCGAGGGUGAUCCUGGCCUGCAGGGACAGACGGAGAGCCGAGGCCGCCGCCCAGGAAAUCAUUCAGGAGACAGGGAACAGUCAGGUGAUCUUCAUGCAUCUGGACCUCGCCAGUCUGACGUCCGUCCGCUCCUUCGCCGAAGAGUUCCUCCGCUCCGAGUCCCGGCUCGACCUGCUCAUCAACAACGCCGGUCUGAUGAACGGCGGGAAGACGGAGGACGGCUUCGGGAUGAUCUUCGGCGUGAACCACCUGGGUCACUUCCUGCUGACGGUGCUGCUGCUGGAGCGGCUGAAGGCGAGCGGGCGGAGCCGCGUGGUUACCGUGUCGUCCAAAGCCUACAAGCUGGGGACGGUGGACUUCACGUGUCUGAGGACACACGGGGACGUGUCCCUGGGGGACAGCGACCUCCAGCUCUUCCACAAGUACUGCCACAGCAAGCUGUGCAACGUCCUCUUCACCCACGAGCUCGCCAAGAGGCUGCAGGGCUCCGACGUCACCUGCUACUGCCUCCACCCAGGUACCCAGCACACCUACAGACACCUACAGACACCUACACCUGCUACU